AGUGCCCGCUCGUUCGCUGGUGCUGGCAGCCCAGAGAAGCGCGGCCAGCGACAGCUGAUCGCCUGCGCUGAUCGGCCCGACCGCCUUGCGACACAACGGCGGAAACACUGGCUGCUGGUCGUCACUCCGUCAGCGCUGGGCGCCCCCGGGGCCUGAGCGCUGCCGAGCCUCGCCGUGGCGGCUCGAGGCGGCACCACAAGCACCAGCCCAGGCCACAUCGCUGCCGGCGCCCACUCCACCUGGCGGCGCACGGCUACACCUCUACAGCGAGGCCGCAACAACGAACGCCGGCUGUUGCGUUGACACGCGGCCUAGAAUUGAACAUCACCUGCCGGCAGCAAGCAAAUAGGCACGGAGGCCGUGAGAUGAAGUGAACUGCGCGGUGGAGCCACACUUCCGGGCAAUUACUAGAAGCCAAAAAGCGGAAGGAAGCUACGACGCCCUUCAAGAUACAGCGACGACGCGUGCAUAUUACUCAACCGGUACACGUGGGCACAACAAGGCGAGUCAUCGCUGAGCCUUCGCGAGAGGCAGAAAAAGAAACGAAACAAAAUUGUGCACGGGCCGUCAUCGAUGAUGCGUCAGAAGCCGAGCUGUCCUCGUCUAUCGCCAAUUUCCGCUCUUUGUUGAGGUGCUCGGCGAGCCACAUUGGUAGCACGUUGUCGGUGCACAAAGGACCGCGUACACGCCUUAGGGAAAACGGGAGAAGACUGGACCGUCUGCUCAAGAAAAGGGUUACACUGCUGACCGGCUCACGGGAAGCAGACUCAAGCCUUAUGUACAUAGUGGGAACCGCGAGGGAAGCGAAGCGGCUAGACCUUCAGUGUUAGGAGCGUGGCUCGAGCUCAUUCGCGAACCAGAAAGGAGCGCAGAACCGCGGCUGAGCUCAGAAAGACUGCAACGAGGCUAAGAUCGAGGAAAUUGCGGUAGUGACAAAGAACAGACGAAUUGUCGGAGACGUUCUUGGCGUGACGGCAAGAAGACCAACACAUCAGAAAUUUAUCCCUGCUUUUCGGCUUCACUACGAGACAUGGGCGAACGGAAGAGCACCAACGGCCGGGGCCCGGACUCCCGGACGACAGCCAACGGUGCGGUGACCUCGACUCCGCCGACCACCACGACCAGCGGGACGGACGGCGCCCAGCAUCUGUCGGCCACCGCGCUCGCCCCGCCCCCGGACGGCGGCUGGGGCUGGGUGGUCGUCUUCUCGUCCUUCAUGAUCCACGUGAUAGCCGACGGCGUCACCUACACGUUCGGCAUCUUCUACCUGGAGUUCCUCAAGCAGUUCCAGGAGUCCAAGGGCAAGACGGCAUGGAUCGCCUCCAUCAUGGUCGGCACCACGUUCUGCAUCGGCCCCGUGGCGAGCGGCCUCACGACCAAGUACGGUUGCCGGGCGGUGACCAUCGCGGGCUCGCUUCUCGCUACCCUCGGCCUCGUGGUCAGCGUGGUGGCUCCAAAUGUGACAUACCUAUUCUUCACUAUAGGGCUCUGCACUGGCGCGGGCUUCGGGCUCAUGUACUUGCCGGCGAUCGUGUCGGUGACCACGUACUUCGAGAAGCGCCGCGCCUUCGCCACGGGCAUCGCGGUGUGCGGCUCGGGCUUCGGCACCUUCGCCCUGGCACCCUUCAUCGAGUGGCUGGUGCACGUGUACGGCUGGCAAGGUGCGCUGCUGUGCACGGCCGGCAUGGUGCUCAACUGCUGCGUGUUCGGCGCCCUGCUGAGGCCGCUGCCGGAGCCCGUGGUCUCCGAGCCGACCGCUACGCACGCCUCCUACGACAAGCCGCCCAUCAGGGAGAUCAACGGAAACGCCUACCACGACGUGGAGGGCGCGCCCCGACUUAACGGCGGCCUCAGCUCGUGCUCGGCGUCCCGCGAGCUGUCCCUCUCAACGGGAACCAUCGCCGCUGUCCAGGCUGCCGACACCGCCGAGCAGCAGUCGGAUGGGCGCCGCAACCGGCGACCCCGCUCUGCGCUGUUCGCCCGCGCCGCCGGCGGAGGCGUCACCCUGCCCCUGCUCACGCUGGAGGACGAGAAGACGUCCAUGUCGUGCGUGCAUAUUGCCGGCUCGAGUCCACCGAGCCCGACGGGACCGUCAGCGCCCCCUCUGCACCCGUGCCCGAGGAGCCUGCUGGUGCGCAAGGACAUCUUCUACAGCGGCAGCCUGCAGAACCUGCCGCCCGAGUACCGCGCCUCGUCCUCCUUCCUGUCGCGCGACAUGUCGCUCAGCGUCACCUCGCUGCGCACCAUCAAGUCGGUCACGGUGCCCACCUCGGACGAACGCAGCCGCAUACAGAAGUUCUUCUGCUCGAGCGAGAUGGAGGCGGCGCUGCGCGAGAUGAUCAACUUCACGCUGCUCAAGUCUCCCGUCUUCCUGCUGUUCGCCACGUCGAACUUCUUCACCAGCGUGGGUUUCAACGUUCCCUACGUGUACACCAAAGACCGUGCCGUCGAAGACCUCCACAUACCCGAGGAGACCGGCAGCCUGCUGCUCUCCUGCAUCGGUCUGUCCAACACGCUGGGCCGCGUCAUUCUGGGUUACUUGAGUGACAAGUCGUGCGUGAACCGGCUGUGGCUGUACAACGCCAACCUGACGCUGUGCGGCCUCGCCACGGCGUUCAGCUACGCGGCGCAGAGCGCCAUUGCCAUGACCGUCUACUGCGUCAUCUUCGGUGCCACCUCGGGCGCCUUCGUGAGCCUUACCUCCGUGAUCCUGGUGGACAUCCUUGGCUUGGAAAGGUUGACCAACGCCUUCGGGCUGCUGCUUCUCUUCGAGGGCGUUGCCUGUCUCGUUGGACCACCGGUGACUGGCUGGCUGUAUGACUACACUGGGUCGUACGACCCAGGCUUCUUCCUCUCCGGCGCCAUGAUCGCGUUCGGAGGCGUCAUGCUGUUUGUCAUCCCUUGCGCGCAACGCUGCGAGGGUCAGGAGGAGAAGCCGGCCGUCGGCACCACCACAACAACCACGACGACGACCAGCGGCACAGCCAAGUCUGGCAGCAGCUCGUUCCGGGAGGACACCACCGAUUCCAGCCACGGACAUACAAUCACCCUCUCCUCGUCGCUCAACGGCCACGGUCCACACAACGUGUGAGCCCGGCCACUCAUCCCCUGCCCACGUGAUUAAAGGGCGGGCGAGCGGAGCGAUGAGUCGACCAGCAGCCGGGCACCUUUGCUACGCAGCGACGCGUCAGCUUGAGCGUAGCGCCGCACAUCAAUCAAGCACCACUCAUAUUGUGUCCCCGCUGGCACCGGGGCAAAAGGGCAGCUUAUCCGAAGCAAGGACCGCUCGGCAAGACAUCGAGAGCCAUGCCAUCGCGACGGUAUGCCUGACGUCCGCUGCGUAUACUUCGGCUGACGCCCAAGCGUCGUCGUGUAGGCGAGGUUCUCGAGAUUCCCCGGCAUGACUUCGAGCCUGCGGCUCGCAUACGUCGACCGUAUAUAUGCACCGCACUGUAAAGGGCGAGGCACCAAGCUGAUGAUUGCAUGCCGAAAAAGGUUCCCUCGGAGAGAUCCACAGACAACGGUCACCGUUCCUAUUUUCCCUGGGGCAGCGUUCGUGAAUGCCUCGCUAUUUUUCCGACCAGUGCUGUUGAAGCUGUGCGGUGGACUCUCCGGCCUUACUAGAAGUACGGCACGUGCCAAGAGCACGGGCGCACGCCUCGCACCUCCGGUCCUGGUGCAUCGUGCGCCGCGUUCCUUGUUCCGCGCACGAGGCGGCUCGGGCGUGCUCGUCUCUUGGCUUCGAGACCGAAGAGUGCCGAACGAAAGGCCGACGGCAACAUGAUGGAAAGACCGUCUUGUCCGAGCCGGCUACUUGUGAGCGUCGCGAUGAUGUUUCGCACUGCGAUCGCACGUCAUCCACAGUUGCCAAGUGUCCGUUUUGCAUAGCAUUGCCGUGGCAGUAGCGGAGAGGAGGGCCGCACACAUCACAAGUCACUCUCGAACAUGUAGUCACGCGAGCCCCUAGACUUGCACUGCAGCGAAGUGAACUGGCCGAGUUCUUUGCGGCUAAAACCCCAGUGAUGUGUCUGUCCUCCAGGAUUACAGCUUCGUCUCUUACAGUGCUCGCCGGCUGCAGCUGUACGAGCUUCUUCGGGUCAAGUGUCGACAGCUAAACAGUAACUGCGACAGUCACGGCGGUGCCUUUGUGUAAACUUUUCAUUCUUCUUUCAAUAUUUUUUUUAUCAUUUCACUAAGUGGCAGAACUGUACACCCUGAUCCUAAGAGGGCUAAUUUUGCCAAAAGGAAGUUUUCGCCUGUUCACUGCAUUUGCGACGAGGACGUCUGUUUUUUGCCAAAUCGCAGCUUACGCAAUAGUUAUUCACUGAGUGUGUGAUUCGCGCCCAAGCCAUUACUGCGUUAUCACGUGUCGCGUUUCCUGAUCGUACGGUGAUGCGGCGCUUGCGAUUAUAGAAUUACUCGGUGGCUCUGUUGAAAGAGCUCGGUCGAAAGGAAUUGAGCGUUCCAUAAGUGAUAGCGGCCGCUUGUACGGGACGGUGUAUGUCCGUGAGUACAUUGCCGUGGUGUAACGAUAUUAGUUUGGAGGUGUGCGCGAAGUGCUGUGUUUCGUUGAAUUGUACUGAAGUCAUGUGCCACAGAGGAAGAUAUGCUGUUGUACUGCCUCUUUGCAGAGUACAGUAUACUGAGCGCAGCAUUUGUCGGGUGGAAGAGGGGGAAGGGGGGACACUAAUUUCUGGCAGUAUUGUGUCAUCGCCUGCAGAACGCGCUCGCCAUAGGCGGGUCUAGCGAGACGGCGUGUAUACCGAGUGAAAUAUAUUUCACGCUAACCUCUCCCUUUUUUUCUAACUUAGUGUUCAACUCUUACUCACUCAACUUCCUCAACUCUGCUCACAACGCAUGCGCGGAUGCCGAAACCCAAGAUUUCGUGCAUAAGCAGCUACAAAGUGUGAUAACACUCGCGCGCGUAGUACAUCUCCGCAUAAAUAGGAGCCCUGAAGUGACCUUAUCGGAGCACCCAUCCACCUGUGCCCGCGGCCGCGCUCCGGAACGCGGCGAAGAAACUGUCCUUUUAUAGCGGACUGCAAGCGUUCCCACUCAUUUCAUUCAUAUAUGAACUCCGUGUCACCUGAACUCAUUCUCUUAACUUGAUGGAGUGCGUGGCUGUUUUAAGUGUUUUUUGUGGUGUGGUGCGAGUGCGCGGUCGGACCUUCCGCCUAGCAAGCGGAGUAAGAACUGUGCUGACUGUCUAGCGCUUUUCUUGUAGAAACUUGACAACGUUGUGCGUACUCACUCAAUGUUUAAUGCUGUCUUUAUGUUCUCUUCUUUCACGCCUUCGUGGUGAAACGUGAUCCAAACGACUGUGUUACGUAAGCGGGGAGCAGAGGGUGAACUGGAAUGCUUGCUGCCUUGGGCCUUUGCGCAGCUACGCGCAUUGUUCUGUUUUGACAUCCUUUCGCGUCUUCAUUAAAGCCUUGAAUGGGAGAAGUG